AGGGGGGGGGAGAUCAGUUAAGGAGGGGGGGGAUAUUGGUGUCUAUUGUUUAUUGCAGCCAAUCGUCACCCCCUUUGCAUCCUACACCUCCCUCCUCCGGCUUUUAUCGUGCUUUUCUUUUCUUCUCCUCUCUCUGUCUGUCUGUCUCUCUCUGUCUCUGUGCCCCCCCUGUGUUUCUCUGAUGCCAGGAGGGGGCAUUUCUGUGCCAGACGAGACCCCCGGGGGGGUGAAUGUUGUCAGGAGUUUGGCCGGAUGACAUUGUGCAACUCUUUAAUAUUCUCUGUGUUUCUGAGCUUCCGCUUUCUCAUUUCCACCUCUAGAGACAGAGACUACAGAGUCACGUAACGCUGAAGACUCUGACACUGGCGGAAGCUUUUAGUUCUUUCUCUCCCCCCAGGGAAUAUUAUUAGCUCUGCCCCCCCCCCCCCUCCAGGGCUUUGGGUUUAUGGCCCGUCCGAUUAAAGUCUUGGCAACUUUUAUUGCCCGCCCCCUGCUUUCUGUUUCCCGUGCCGGCGAGUAGCAAAUGCUCGGGCGAUCGCUCACUAUGAGGAAUCUUCGCAGGUCGAAAUUCAUGAGUUCGCCCACCCUCAGCGACUUGGGCAAACGAGAGGCGACAGCAGCAGCCGCGUUGGAUGAGAGGGGGACACAGCAGAAGCGAGCGGGGGCCAACGCCACCUGGAACAGUAUCCAGAAUGGAGUAAUUUCAGUAUUUCAGAAGAAAGGGUUGGCCGACCACGAGCUCUACAGCCUCAAUGAAGGAGUCCGGCAACUGCUGAAAACUGAACUGGGGUCAUUUUUCACAGAAUAUCUUCAGAACCAGUUACUGACCAAGGGGAUGGUGAUACUAAGGGACAAGAUUCGGUUUUAUGAAGGGCAGAAGCUUCUGGAUUCAUUAGCAGAAACGUGGGAUUUCUUCUUCAGUGAUAUUCUGCCGAUGCUCCAAGCGAUCUUCUACCCCGUGCAGGGAAAGGAGCCCUCCAUCCGCCAGCUGGCCCUCCUGCACUUCCGCAACAUAAUUACCCUCAACCUUAAACUGGACGAUGCCUUAUCCCGGCCCCGUGCCCGCGUCCCCCCAUCCAUCAUUCAGAUGCUGCUCAUAUUGCAGGGAGUCCACGAAUCCAAAGGGGUGACUGAGGAGUAUAUGAAUCUGGAGUCGCUCAUACAGAAGGUGGUGUCGCCCUACCUGGGCACCUACGGGCUCUAUUCCAACGAGGCGCCUUUCUGUCACUCCUCCUGCAUCUUAGAGAAGCGAAUGUUCCGGCGCUGCCCCAAAUCCGGAGAGAUCCUCACCAAGAACCCGGUGGUCCGAUCCAAAAGUUAUAACAACCCCCUGCUGACUCCAGUAGCCGAGUACGAGAUGGAGAACUUGGUGGCCAACGGCUCGGGGAUCCGGAGACACUCAGUGUCGGAAAUGACUUCCGUAUUGGAACUGCCAAUGGGCUACUCCAACCUCACUACCGACUCCACCUCCAAACUGUCUAUGGCUGGUACCAAACCCCCCGAAGAGGGGGAGCGACCCCCCAUAUCCAACGGGCAGUUCCCCCCACUCCAUAACCUGAGCGACAGCCAACAGGGACUGUACAACAGCCAAAGAGACUCCCCGCUACUCCCCGCACCCUCCUCCAGUCCAGAGACAAUAGUCGAUCAGAUCUUGGAAUCUAUUGAUUCAGACUCAGAAGGAAUUUUUAUUGAUUUUGGGCGGGGCUGCUCCAAAUCCCCUGAAUUCUCCAUGGAGAUUGGCCGGCAGAGCCUCGUAUGAACCUUUUAUUAUCUGACUUUGAUUUUUCAUUUCUUCCAUUCUGGGUUUCUUUUUUUACUUUGCCUUUAAUCCGGAGCAGGUUGUGUUCUGUAGAACCUUCUACUCUGACCGGAUCCUGGAACAAUAAAUUGCAAAUACCAGGA